AUGGAUUCUCAGGCUGAUGGAAACCACACUGCAGUGACAGAGUUCGUUUUGUUAGGCUUAACAGAUGACCCAGUCCUUCGAGUCUUCCUCUUCAUGAUCAUCCUGUGCAUCUACCUGGUCACCAUAUCUGGCAAUCUCAGCACAAUCAUUCUUAUCAGAGUCUCUUCUCAGCUCCAGCAUCCCAUGUACUUUUUUCUGAGCCACUUAGCUUUUGUAGAUGUAGUUAUUUCCUCUUCAGUUACACCCAGUAUGCUUAUUAACUUCCUUGUGGAGAGAAAUACAAUCUCCUAUCUUGGAUGUGCCAUUCAACUUGGUUUAAUUGUUUCCUUUGGAUCAACUGAGUGCUUCCUUCUGGCUGCCAUGGCAUAUGAUCGAUUUGUGGCCAUCUGCAACCCACUGCUGUAUCCAACCAAAAUGUCCACACAAGUCUGUGUCCAGUUACUUGUAGUAGCUUACAUAGGUGGUUUUCUGAAUGCUUCUUCCUUUACCCUUUCCUUCCUUUCUUUGCUUUUCUGUGGAUCAAAUAGAAUCAAUCACUUUUUCUGUGAUUUUGCUCCUGUAGUUGAACUCUCCUGUUCUGAGCUCAGUGUCCUCACAGUUCUUCCUUCAUUUACUUCUGGCUCCAUCAUUGUAGUCACUGUUAUUGUAAUUGCCAUCUCUUACAUCUACAUCCUCAUCACCAUCCUGAAGAUGCACUCCACUGAUGGCCGCCACAGGGCCUUCUCCACCUGCACCUCCCACUUCACUGUGGUCACUCUGUACUAUGGGACAGUUACAUUCAUUUAUGUGAUGCCCAAGUCCAGCUACUCCACUGACCAGAACAAGGUGAUAUCUGUGUUCUACGUGGUAGUGAUCCCUAUGUUGAACCCCCUCAUCUACAGUCUCAGGAAUAAUGAGAUUAGAGGGGCUCUGAAGAGAAAUCUUGGUAGGAAAAUAUUUUCUUAG